AUGGUUCCCUGUCACCGCACUUACGCCUCAACUCUGCUGCUGCUUGCCUCCUCUCUGGCAUUGCUCCCAGCGGUGACUGCCCAGUGCCGCUUGGUCGGCGAUCUGGUGAUCAUUCUGGAUGCCAGCGGCAGCAUAAAAAACAGCCGGGGCGACGUGGCGACGUUUGCGCAGAAAGUUGUGGACUCCUUGGAUGUCGCCGAGACAGUCGCUAACGUGGGGCUGGUACAGUUUGCCUCCGACACGACCAAGCUCAGUGACCUCACCUUCAACGCUGGCGCCCUCGCAGAUGCCAUUGAGGUUUACAGAACCGGCGACGAGGGAUGGACCUUCAUCUCCAACGGGCUCCUCAUGGGAGAGCAGCUGCUCGAUACUGGCCGUUCAAGUGUCACGAAGGUCAUGCUACUCCUGACCGAUGGAGAGCAGACCUGCAGCCGCAACCCAGGUUGUGUCGCAAACGACGACUCCUGUUACGAGAACUGGGACUUUAACAACAGCCCGCUCGGCGAUUAUAAAGCCGGGAAUCUUUGCGGAAGCGACACCGGACCUUAUCAAAAGUCCGAGGCGAUACGGCAGGCGGAGCUGAUCAAGGCGCAAGACCCAGACCUCACCCUUUUCGCAGUUGGCUUCGGAGGGGUGAGCAACGAAACGCUGGAGGCCAUUGCAACGUCGGGAAACAGCAUCUUUGGCAGCACCAUCCAAGACAUCAUCGCCAAGUUUGAGAAGAACGACCUCUGCACAAGGCUCUCUCCCGAGGGCAACAUUGUCAUGUUCCUUUACGUCCCCGACAAAAUCGCCUUCAUCAAUGACGACACGGCGAAGGUCUGCACGGGCGCAGGGGACGUCGCUAUCAAUGUUGGAGUCAGACCGCUUGUUGAAGGCACCAGGGCUGUGGUGGCCAAUGGCACGGUUCAAGUGCACUUCGAUCUGCCGCCGGAUUUCAACAGACUGUCAUCCGCAUACAAAGCGCUGGGCGACUCGCUUAUGGUCGCCACCUUUGUGUCUGACGGCACCACCUUUGUCGUCCGCUGCGAUAUUUGA